CCGGGAACGGGGCGGUGUCGGGAAGAAACGCGCAGCUCGUUCCCGUCUCCCGAAAUCGCAGCGCUCUUCGGGCAGCGCGGGCUGCGGGCUGUGCAGGGCUUGGGGUGCCAGGCUUGCACGGGUGGUGCAAGGAGACGAAAGCGAAGUCCUGCUGCUGACUUCUCCCAGCCCGGCUGGCAGGUUUAAAACCCAGUGUGCACGCGUAGAGGCAAGCUGCAGCUAGCACUGAAGGUCUGUUGACUUAGAGAAGGCUCAGAAGCAUGGAGAGCCUCUGUGCAGCAAACACCACUUUUGCUGUGGAGCUGUUAAGAAAGCUGUGUGAGAAGAACAGUGGGCAGAAUGUGUUCUUUUCACCAUUUAGUAUUUCUUCUGCUUUGUCUAUGGUUCUGCUGGGUUCAAGAGGUAGCACUGAAGCCCAAAUAAGCAAGGUGCUUUCUCUGAAGAAUGCCCAGGAUGCUCACAAUGGGUAUCAAUCCCUUCUCUCUGAAAUUAAUGAUCCAAACACCAAAUACAUCCUGAGAACUGCAAACCGGCUCUAUGGAGAAAAGACCUUUGAGUUUCUUGCAUCUUUCAUAGAGUCGAGUCAGAAAUCCUACCAUGCUGGCCUGGAGCAGAUGGAUUUCCUUCAUGCUGCGGAGGAUUCCAGGAAACAAAUCAAUGGCUGGGUAGAGGAAAGGACUGAAGGUAAAAUCCAGAACCUGUUGGCGGAAGGGAUUCUCAGUUCUCUGACCAGAUUUGUGUUGGUGAAUGCCAUCUAUUUCAAAGGCAACUGGGAAAAGCAGUUCAACAAACAGAGUACCAGAGAAUUCCCUUUCCAAAUCACUAAGAACGAGACCAGACCUGUGCAGAUGAUGUUCAAGGAAGACAGAUUUAAGAUGGCCUGCGUUGGGGACUUGCAGACCAAAAUCCUGGAGCUCCCCUAUGUGGGUAAUGAACUGAGCAUGAUCAUCCUGCUCCCUGAUGCAAUCCGGGAUGAAUCCACUGGCCUGGAAAGAGAAAGGGUUAGGCCUUGGAAGCUUCACGUUGCCAUGAAAGGGAUAAAUCUGCCCAGGCCUGCAGUGGCCAUGCCAUCUCUGCUGGGCAGCAGUCUCUCCACCACUGCACUUUUAGAUUGGCCUGGUUUUUUCUCUCUUUUCUGUCUGGAAAAUCACCAAACCGGAGGGGAGAGGGGGAGAGCUUUGCCCACCCCUUGGUGACAGUCGGGGCAGCCUCGGCCCAACUGGGCCCAUAGCUGUUAGCAGGGCCCGGCAGAGAUCUUUAUUUGCUCCAGGACUCCGGGGCUCUGGGGAAGAUUUUUAAAGUAGUGGAUGUUAAGCUACAACCUCUCCUCCCCUGCUAGGAGCUGAUGGAGCCUGGCCAGGCCUCGGGGCCGGCUCCCCCCUCAGAGUGGGGGGCGUGAAGUCGCCGGCCCAGUUCGAUGUUACCUGUUCAGCUGGACAGGAGGAAACGGGCCUGACCCGAACAAAGCCAGGAUUUAUAUGGGUUCUUCCCAAAGUCACAUUCAAUGUUCUUAGCGGUUAAAGCGUGUGCUAAUACCUUAACCUAACUCCUGAUAUGUCUUUGUCCUUUCUAAAACAAUUUUAAGGUCCUGACAAAGUAAAGACUUCACAUUCCUCUCAAACUAAAUACCAAACCCAUUACAGUGGGCUCUUUGGAAGCCCUGUUGCUUGUCCUCUAGAUCUUCUGUGCUGAGCAGCUGGCAGUGGUGUGUGGCUCAGUGCCUGGAAAGAGGCUCACAGGAAAGGGCAGGAUCUCUUUUUGUGAUGAGGGUAGGACACAAGUUUGGGCUCUUGGCAUUCUGGGCAAGGAGUUCAUUACUAAGGUUUUUUCAGUCAUUUAUUCCCCUAUUAAAAAUGAAGAGAAAACCCCCACAGUCUUCCUGCUUAACCCAGGGGAAAAUAAAGGAUGCAUGUUGUGUGUUAUGUGAAGAAACACACAUAAAAGAGUUCUUUGGCUAUGUAAUAUUUACUCAAUUCUCAUUGUAAUUAAGUAAAUUUGGAAUUUUUCUUCAGCUGGAGAAAGAACUUACAUAUGAGAAGCUAAUAGGUUGGAUCAGUCCUGAAAUGAUGGAGUCUACAGAGGUGCGGGUGUCUUUACCCAGAUUUAAACUGGAAGAAGAUUACCAUCUGAAGGGCCUUCUGAGCAGCAUGGGAAUGCCUGAUGCAUUUGACUCGGGGAAGGCAGACUUCUCAGGAAUCUCAUCUGGCAACGAGUUGGUGCUGUCUGAAGUGAUUCACAAGUCCUUUGUGGAAGUCAAUGAAGAAGGUACUGAAGCAGCUGCUGCUACUGUGCUGGUUGCAAAUUCCUGUUCACUGAGAGUUCGGGAAUUCACUGCUGACCAUCCCUUCCUCUUCUUCAUCCGGCACAACAAAACUUCCAGCAUUCUGUUCUGUGGCCGUUUUUGCCAUCCCUAAGGAGGAGAUGUCUUGGCAGCAUAGGUGCCAUCCCACAAUAAAUUUACAUUUCCCUGGAUCAUAGCGACUCCUUUUGCAUUAAUUGUCUCUUUCAGCUGUGCCUGAACCCUCUAUAGUAGUCUUCAUCUGAGCCUUGGCAUAAAUAACAGAGCUGCUUAGACAAACACAGCACCUGCCAUGUGCCUGUGUGCAGAGGUCUCCAGGUCCUUGCUGACACAAGAACCAUCCCACUUGCUCUGUGAGUGCUUCUUCUGUGCUUGACUCCCUUUUGGUGUCCAGCAGGCAGUCAGGCAGUGAGAGCCCAUGGGAAAGAAGGAGUUACUUUUGCUUGAGACAAGGCUGGAGCACAUUUGUAGCUGCUCUCCCCUUUUACCUUCCAGUCUCAUCCAUUUAGUGCCUUGAUCCAUUUCAGCUGGAGCUGAAAGGUGCCUUUAGCAGCCUGUUCCAGGUACUGCUGAGCAUCCUGUGUAGAUGUGGGGUUUUUGGCUAAUAACUGGACCAGUACUUAGUCAAGAACAUUUUUUGCAGCACAUAUCCUUAGAGGGCAUUUAUGGGUUGAGAACCAUCAUCACAGGAGAUCUUGAGGUUAUUUUGUGUCGCCUGGUUCUAGUCCUUUAAGAAGGAAUGUAUUCUAACUGCAGAACACCAAAGACAAAGCUGAAACAGCUUUCCUGACACAGGGAUGCUUUUUAUACUUUAUGUUUUUGAAAUACUAGAAGAACUGUAAGUGCUGUAGAUUUCUGUUUCUUUUUGCUACUAUUAGUAGUGCAUUUUUUAACCAGUUUUCUGAAAACCCCAAAUAUUUCCUGCAGUGCCAGCUUCUAUGUAGCUCAUUUGGAAUUCAUCACUAAACACAAGAUUUUUAUGGAUAGGGAAACCCGAGGCACUUACUUGGGUUGCCAUGCAUUAUUGGUUGUCCUUGAAAGGAUUUCAGGGUAUUUCGAAGGAUAGCAAGGGAGUCCCUGGAUAAUACUUUUUUUCUGGGCAGGACUGCAAUGAUUUUUCUUGUUUUUUUGCACGGGUUCAAACCAAGGCCUGGUAGAUGUUAUCCAAAAGGUGCUAGAUGGGCCUAUCCUUUAUUCAGUGCACAGUAACCCAGCUGUCUCAGGUCAAGCAAAUGAAUUGUUUGCAGGGGAGAGGGACGAGACCCAACAUUUCUGUCACCAGGACGCAUGCCAUACGCUCCAGUUAAAGGGUGGGUGCUAGGCACCUGAAACCAAUAUCGGCAGUAUAGUUGGGGAUGUCAUGGGAGCCAGACCAAGGACUAAUGGAGAA